GUUAAAAUUUAAUUAACAGUUCGAGAUUAAAUGAGUGGAAUUUGUUUAUCCUAAAAAAUAAGAGGAUUAACAAGUUAGAAGAAGGAAAAAGAAAAGGGUCGUUGGAUAAAAAAGUAAGUGUACAUAUAUUUUCCCAAGCAUAGAAUCUGUCCAAAAAUAGCCACUAUAUUCAUUGACAGAUUAAUCGCUCACUCAGUGUCCACCGUUCCGUUCAGUUGAGUUCACCCCCCACAUGAUUGAAAAUUAAUAUGUACUAAUCUAAUCUCCAUUCCCAUUGGCAUUCACAUUCACCUGCUUCAACUUCAUCCAACAACUUUCUCUCUCUGUCUCUUUAAUUGCUAACACAAACAACCACCUCUAUCCCAUGGCUCCUUCCCCUACUUCAUCCUUCACUUUCUCCCUCUACUUCCUCACUACUCUCAUUCUAACCGUUGUUGCAUUCACAGAACACAACAACACACAAACACAAACAACUAGUCCACCCCCAACUCCCAUUCCUCAAGAUGACGCCACUUCCAUUCCUCAACAACAACACACCUUCUCAACAUUCAAACCAAGCGUAGCCAUUGUCAUCAGCGUUCUAACCGUCACUUUUUCUUUCACCUUCCUCCUCCUUCUCUACAUCAAACACUUCAGCACCACAACCACCUCUGAACCUAUUAACAUCGACAGUAGCAGUAGUACUGCCGCCGGAAUCUCAUCACUCACCGCCGGUAGAAAAAACUCUGGCAUAAACCGUUCGGUAGUUGAAUCGUUGCCAAUCUUCAGAUUUGGAUCACUUUUAGGUCAAAAAGACGGUCUAGAUUGCGCGGUUUGUCUUUCCAAAUUCGAAUCUUCGGAGAUUCUACGGUUAUUGCCGAAAUGUAAACACGCUUUUCACGUGGAAUGUGUAGAUACAUGGUUAGAAGCACAUUCAACUUGUCCUCUUUGCCGUUACAGAGUGGAUCCCGAAGAUAUUCUUCUCGUCUUGGAAAAUUCAUCAUCAACAACAACAUCAACAUCCACAUCAUCGCAAUUGCAAUUGAAUCAGAAUAAAAAAGAAUUAGAUGAUUUUGUAGACAUUGAAAGAGGAAGAGGAAUAGAGUAUUACCGAAAGAGACAUUCGUCGGUAGGAGAGAAGGAAUGGGAACGAGAACGAAGGAAAACGGCGUCGUUUAGAUGGUCAUUGGAUAGUUCUAGAAAGAAAAACGAGAAUGCGCAUGCGAGCGUUGGAAUCGGGAUUGGGAGUUGUUUUGUGGGUCCCAGAAAAGACGGGAUGUUGUUAACGAAAGAAGAGACGGAGAAGAGGAGUAGCGUGGAAAGGAGGAGGUUGGAACACAAGAUAAUUGUGUCACCGAAGGUGAGUAGUGGGGUCCACAGAGAUCAACGGUGGAGUGAUGUACAGCCGUGUGAUCUGUUGUAUCUAACGGCUGAGAUGAUGAUAAUGAGUGAGUCGUCGGGGAGAGUGAAGAAUAGGAAUAGGAAUGGCAGAAGUGUAAUUAAUUCGAGAAGUGUGUCUGAGAUCACGGGAUUCAGUAGGUUACCAUUUUCAAGCAAUAGGUGUAGCAGCAGCAGCAAGCAAUAAUAACAAUAGGCGCAGAGAGUAAAGAGAGGGAGGGAUUGAUAUCUAGUUCUAGAACACAAGAUGUACGGUUGCGAUUUUUGUAAUUUAUCGCCGGCUUCUGAUUUCAUUUUUAGCAAUAGUGUGUGUGUGAGAGAGAACCCUAUAUGUGUUCUGUUCUGACUCAACAACGUACUGGUACUAUUCCCUCUCUUGUUGCAUUUGUAUCUUUACGGUAGCUUAACAGUUAGUAAUAGUAUUACCAACUUUUUGCAUAGGAGCAUUUGUUUGUUAUUGAGAGCCAACCUAACACAACAGAAUAGUUGUAGUAUCUUUUAUUUUAUUUUUAAAAA